CUCGCCGCAGUUCGGGGGCAGUUCGGGGGAGCGGCGGCGGCGGCGGCAGACCAUGAAGGCGAAGUGGCUGUUCUGUGUGACGUUGCUGGUGCUUGGGGCGACUCUGACUCGGGCCCACGACGGGGACGAAGACCAUGAUGAUGAUGUAAUGGAUGUGGAGGAUGACCUGGAUGGGGGCAGUGACGAAGGAGAAGACACCAAGCCUGAGGCCAGCUCACCUCCUCCGUCCCCAAAGGUUACCUACAAAGCUCCAGUUCCAACAGGGGAGGUUUUCUUUGCCGAUGCCUUUGACAGAGGAACUUUAGCAGGAUGGGUCCUCUCCAAAGCUAAGAAAGAUGAUACCGACGAUGAGAUCGCCAAAUAUGACGGGAAAUGGGAGGUGGAAGAAAUGAAGGAGAGCAAGCUUCCAGGAGAUAAAGGACUCGUGCUGUUGUCGCGGGCCAAACAUCAUGCCAUUUCUGCCAAGCUGUCCAAACCCUUUGUAUUUGACACCAAACCCCUCAUCGUUCAGUACGAGGUGAAUUUCCAAAGCGGAAUAGAAUGUGGUGGGGCCUACGUGAAACUGCUUUCCAUUACUCCGGAACUAAACCUGGACCAGUUCCAUGACAAAACUCCGUAUACCAUCAUGUUUGGCCCAGAUAAGUGUGGCGAGGACUAUAAACUGCACUUCAUUUUCCGCCAUAAGAACCCAAAAACCGGAGUAUAUGAGGAGAAGCAUUCUAAGCGUCCAGAUGCAGAUCUGAAGACCUACUUCACUGAUAAGAAGACUCAUCUGUAUACUCUGGUCUUGAAUCCAGACAACAGCUUUGAGAUCUUGGUGGACCAGACGGUUGUGAACAGCGGGAAUCUGCUGAACGACAUGACCCCGGCUGUGAACCCCCCGCGGGAAAUUGAGGACCCCGACGACCAGAAGCCGGAGGACUGGGACGAGAGACCCAAGAUCCCGGACCCGGAUGCCGUCAAACCGGAAGACUGGGACGAGGACGCCCCGGCUAAGAUUCCGGACGAGGAAGCCACGAAACCAGAAGGCUGGCUAGAUGACGAGCCGGAGUACGUUGCUGAUCCGGAUGCCGAGAAACCGGAAGACUGGGACGAAGAUAUGGAUGGAGAGUGGGAGGCUCCUCAGAUUGCCAACCCCAAAUGUGAGUCGUCCCCCGGCUGUGGCGUCUGGCAACGGCCAAUGAUCGACAAUCCCAAUUACAAGGGCAAAUGGAAGUCUCCUAUGAUUGACAACCCCAACUAUCAGGGAAUCUGGAAGCCCAGGAAGAUCCAAAACCCAGACUUCUUCGAAGACCUGGAGCCAUUCCGCAUGACCCCUUUCAGCGCCGUGGGGCUUGAGCUGUGGUCCAUGACAUCGGACAUCUUCUUUGACAACUUUAUCAUUUGCGCGGACCGAGCAGUGGCCGACGACUGGGCCAAUGAUGGAUGGGGGCUGAAGAAAGCCGCCGACGGGGCUGCCGAGCCCGGCAUGGUGGGACAGAUGGUGGCGGCAGCUGAAGAGCGUCCCUGGCUGUGGGUGGUCUACGUUCUGACCGUGGCCCUGCCGGUGUUCCUGGUGGUGCUCUUCUGCUGCUCCGGAAAGAAACAGCCCAGUGCCGCUGAGUACAAGAAGACCGAUGCCCCUCAACCAGAUGUGAGUGGGGAAGACAAGGAAGAGGAAAAGGAGAAGGGCAGCAAAGAGGAAGAAGCGGAGGAUGAAGAGAAGCUUGGAGAGAAGCAGAAAAGUGAUGCCGAAGAAGAGGUAGGCAAUGCCAGUCAAGAGGAAGAAGAAGAAGAAGAAGGUAGUCGAAAAACUAAGGCAGAGCCCCAGGAAGAUGAGAUUUUGAACAGAUCCCCCAGAAACAGAAAGCCGCGAAGAGAUUGAAACAAACCUUUGAGAACUUGAUCUGUGAGAUUCCAUUUUUCUCUUUUCUGGCUGGGGCCCCGGCGGAAGGCCCAGGACGGGCUUUCACUGAAACUCGGACAAACCUCAAGGCUUCAUCAUCAACAGGUUCCAGUCAAACACUAUUCAAUGUAAUUUUGAGCAUCUAGUAGUAAAUAUUUGCAAUUGUGUUAAAAAGAACAUCAUUCCUGUAGGAAGAAAGCGUUUAAUGUAAUGGUUUGUAGAUUCUUUUUUUUUUCUUUUUGAAAUGUAACAUGAUGCAACUAACCCACAUUUUUUGAUUUAAAACGCUCACUUUUGUGUUUGGUUGUUUUUUAGUAGAAUGGUAGAAUUCCAAUCUUCGUGAUCUUGACCUAAUUUAAUGUAUUAAUCUGUCCAUGGAAAAUAAUGGCAACAUUUAGAUGAUGAUGAUGAGAUGCAGUCUUUUAUAACUUAGAUUUUUUUUUUUAUAAACUUCAAAAUUCCAAAACAUUGAAGUGUCUCUGUGUCCCUUAAAAAUCCGAUGAUUAGGAUAAAGUUAAGCCACCCACGUGGUUACAUUAAUCACUCCCCUCCCCUCUCCUUUAAGAAACCUUGAUUCUAGGGAGCGGGGAAGGGUUCAAAUCCAUAUAAAGAUGGUUUUGACUAAGCUAUAUGAAAUCAGGCUUGCUAAGAGUGGGAGGAGCAGAGUAAGGCCGCAAAAUCUGUAUUUCACCCUUGAUCACUGCUAGGCGGAAAGGCAUGAUCUGGGCUUGGGAGAUGCUGACCCCACUUGCUGUGUGGAUGGAUUUCUGGUCUCCAGCCUUCUUGGGUGGUUUCUUGUAGUUCUUAAACUGUUCAACAGGGCUGGCUGUGUGUAUGUGAUUGGAUGUGUGUAUGUGAUGGGUUUUUUUUUUUUUGUAUUUGUGUGUGGUUUUUUUUUUAAACUACUUCCCCUUCUACUGUGUUGAUAUUGUGCACUCCCUCACACACACCCCACCCCCCACCUCUAGCUUUCUCUGCUGCUAUGCAGCUUCUUCAGAGUGCAGCUUGCCCUCCAUUGUUGAAAAGGAUUAUUUGCUCAGCACAGUGUUAAAUUUUAAUGUGAUCACAUGUAUGUGCAUGUUUUUCUGUAUACAUGCACAUGCAUGUGUGUACACACACACACACACACACACACACACACACACACACACACACUCUAAAAGCUUGGGGCCCCUCCCACUCCCAACUCACUCCCCACAAACCUGCUUUCAAGAUCCAAGCCCAGGGUAGAACAGUCUCAUAAUUUUAUCAUUACCCUCCAUGUAAAUGCAAACCCAGAGGCUGAAGAGGUGAUCAGAUCACAGACCAGCUGUCGAUGCAGAUUGCAGUAUUUAUAUGUGUGUGUGUGUGUGUGUGUGUGUGUGUGUGUGUGUGUGUGUGUGUGUGUUUUGGGGAGGGGAGGGGCGGGUAGGGGCCUACCUGGUUUGUGUAACUAUUAAGCCUGUCAAGGCUUUCAUCCGUUCUUCAUAUAACAAUGACAUCUUCAAUUCAACUGAAUGUAGGGGGUUCCAGUUCUUCAAACAAAAUAAAUUUUUUAAAGUGUUGCUUAUAGAAUACAUUGCUGGUCUUAGGUGGUCUUGGUUUUUUUUCGGAAUGCCGAUGUAUGCUACCAGAGCAUAUUCUAGGGGGAAGCGCUUUGAAAUACUUUCAGUACACUGUAUUGAAAUGUGUGGGGGAAUUAGAUGUUAAUAUUUUUAGCUCUAUUUUUUUUGUUUGUUUGUUUAGCAUAGCUUUAUAUGUACUGAUUUACCGUGUCCUUGCACUGAAUAUAUAAACACUCCACAGUGUUCUUGUAUUUUGGGCGCAGGGAGGCGUGGGAGAGACGAGUCAUGGGAGAAAAUGCAAUGUCAUUCUAUUUUGCAAACUAUUCUACCUUUUUGACUGGUACACGUUAAAUAAAACACCAAAAGGGAAUACUUUUUGCUUCCUCUUUUUAAUGCUGCACCCUUUCACGUGUUGCUUUGCUAGGUUAAAGUGACCAUAGCCGUGUAGCAGAUUUUCUCAAACGAACCGCAGUGCAGGUCGACCUUUAUUGAGCAAGAGCUUGAAAAGAUGUUUACAGGUUUCUGUGUGAAGCAGAAGUUUGGGGUCCCUGGACCUCUAGAAAUCAGCGAACUUAACGCCACCCGCUCCGAAUCAUUCAGUGUACCUCACCUCUCUGCGUAUGCAGUGCCCAAGCGAGGAACACUGUUUAAAGUUGCCUGACAUUUUUGAGCUACUGCUGUCUUUAAAUCAUGUUGGAUCCCAAGCCAAAAAAAAAAAAAAAAUGCUACUUUGAUGCAGGAGUGAGAAGCGGCAGCUGCGCUUCCUGAUUCUCCUGUGACCUUCCUCUUUCUUUUUAAGCUUCGGUGUCUGACUUAAAUGAGUGGCAGUGGCUUCCCCAACCUCCCCAGUGGCCGAAUCACAACCCGUUGGCCCACUGAUGGUUAAGUCUCUGCCACAGACGCCCUCCCUUAAGAUGCUCCUCUGGUUUUCUCCACCCACCCCCAAAGAAAGUAUCGUGGUUGCUCAUUUUUCAACUUGCCAGAAAGGGUAUUAUGUUAAAACUCUUACUUUGUGUCAGUGCUUUCUGUGUGUGUGUUUUUGCUUUUGUUUUAACUGGGUUUUCAUGAGAGGGAUGUGAGUAUCUACACUUUGGUUCAUCAUUUUGAGUUUAAGAUGGACGAGGAGUUUGCAUCUUCAGUGGGCAGCGGGUAUUUCAUACCUUGAUUUAUUUUGGGGGGUGGGAUGGGAGGGGGUCAGAUAAAGCAGUUGCCAUGCUGGGCUUUGGUACCCAAAGGGUUAUUAGAUCUAUUUUAUGGAAACAGAACCCACUAGGAUUAGCUGUGUCUUGUUAAGAUCUCAAUGUACCUAACUGUCCAAUUUUUCCACUCCACGUGGUUUAAUGUAAUUGCUGCCUACAUGGAGUGAUUCUUUUGUUCCUUGUCCAGAGAGAACACUGUGUUGUUUUUUUUAAAAGUUCUGAGAUAACACCAAAUGUUCCACCAUUAUUGGGUUUUUUUUCCCCUUUUAGGGGCUACUGAUUAUUAGUCAUUCUUCAGUCCCAAACCCCAUCUUUUACGUCAUCAUGAAUUGGUUUUGGACAGCAGCAAAAUGCCAGGAGUAUUUAUAAAAACUAUGCCAAAAGCAAAAUCACGUCUAUGAACUAUGAAGUUUUGUGUUGCUUACUGAAGGGAGAUGCUUACAAAUGUAGCAGAAUAACUUCUUGCUGGAAUAUACUUUUCUCUCUCCUUUUGUUUUUUAAGGAAAAGCAUUUUUAGGAAUUAAGGGUUAGACUGCCCAGAUGCUGUUGAAGACUGCUGAAUCUUAUAGUGUCACAGAGGAAUAAAUAAUUCAGAGAGUUGUCAUUAACCUCCCUUACUCCCUUUUCCUGGCUCCGCUUAACCUGUGGUAGCAAAUAGGGUGCCAGGGGGCCUGUUUCUUUGUCCAAACAGCCGCUAAAUGCCAGUAUUGCCUCCAAAAACUAUUGAGAGCAAAACCCUCAAGUAUUGCUAACAAGAACUGUUGACGUGUCAAACCGAAAACUCCUGUGUCCAUUGUAAAAGGGUAAUUGUCGAUGCAAUAUGCACAUAUAAAAUUAUUGGAUAAGUUAUAAUGUAACAGUUUACUCAUCAAUAAAGAAAUUUAAACCCA